AUUUAAAAACAUUUCGGUUUUGCUUUUGCUUGUUUAGUGUUAAUAUUUUGUUAAGUUUUAAUUAGCUCUUUUAAUUAAUUUAUUCUUUUUUUCUCGUGAUUCAAUAUUAAUUGUGUUUAGAGUGAAAAUGUCUAAAGUCGAUUGUGAUUCUUCUGACUGUGAAUCUAGUGAUAAACCUUUGAAAAUCCAAGUGGAAACAUGUUCAUCUCUGUAUGAGAAAUGGAAAGAAGAGAAAAGUUGGCUUUCCAAUGUUCCUCGUAAAGGAAUUACCACCGAGGUAACUUACAUUGAUACUCGACCAGAUUCUGGUAAUUCUUUACCGGUUGUAUUAUUUUUACAUGGAGCUCCUGGUUCUCAUCGAGAUUUUGCUCUCACUCGAUCGAGACUCGUCAAAUAUCCGAUUCGAAUCAUCUGCCCAAACUUUCCAACAUAUUCUUUGACCAAAAAAAAGAGAUUUGGUCAUUCUGAUGAGGAAAAAGCUUCGUAUAUAUUAGACUUUCUUCGAGCACUUAAACUAAAUCGUGUUGAUAUGUUAAUUGGCCAUUCAUCGUCAGUCUAUCCUUCAAUGAUUAUUCUCGACUCAGAGUAUCGGUCAACAUUGAAAGCAUUGGUCUUCCUCAAUCCAUGUGGUCAUCGUCGGAUCCAAGCAAUGAAAUAUCCUGCUCUCUCUAAAACCUCUGCUUACUUUUAUCAAUACAAGUUUUUCCGCUUCUUUAUCAAAAUCUUUGGUAAACCAGUGCUCGUUGUUGCCAAAUGUCCAGUCAAAGUGGAAAACAUGGACAAUUUAUUUUUAUCUGUAACAACCGUUUAUCACAGUCACUAUAAAAGACUUUCAGAGAAACUGGAAAAACUAGGAACUGACAAAGAUCUUGCAAAGAUGAUGAUAUUUGCCGAGAACGAUAAACUAAUCCAGAAGGAGAUCUUUUAUGAAAUGGCUAAAAUGCUGGGAAUCGAAUCGGACAACAUUGAGGUUUACGACCAUAAUGGACUCCAACAAAGAUCCGCAGUGGACAGUGGUUAUCCUAAAGGAAUCGCCCUUCAAGACGGUGGUCAUUACGCUUUUCUCAGUCAUCACAAGAUUGUCAAUGAAGCGAUUGCCGAGAUGAUUGAGAAUAUCCUGCUUGAUGGAAAAAAGCAAAGUCCACCUUCAUCUACUGACUCUACCAAAGAUGAUAAUUACAACAAUUUGGAAGAAUCAUUUGCUAACAUUUUAGUUCUCCAUCAUUCCAAUGACAACAAUAAUGAUUCUGAAUCCAACAACUUCGAUAAAGAUCAUGAGCAAAACUUUAAUUUGGAAAAUAUUUUAAUUUCUUGAUUCCAAAUCUCAUCUUAAUCAAGCCUUAAUUCUGACUAAUUAUUAUUUUAUUGUAUUAAGUUCUUGUCAAGUUAAUUGACAAAUUUUAAUUGUUAAUUUAACAAUUGUUAAUUAAUCAAAUCUGCUGUGAUUCAAACUCAUCUGUUUAUUGAUCAUCAUAAACAUUGAUCAACUUGGUUAAUUUUAACCAAAUUCAAAACCAAAUAAACUGCAAUACUCAAAAA